AACUUUUGGACACUUCAGUUUUGGUGUAGAAACAUGACGGACCGUAGCACACAACGAACCAUAUGCUCCAAUUUCCCGAACUCCGACGUUCUGCGUCAUAAUUUACACAACUGAAAUGAGUGAUUAGUGAUUUAUUAAUAGAGUGCAAUAAUUGUUAAUAAAUUAAAGGGGUAAAAUGAAACUGAUUGCGAAGAGUAUUGAGAAGGAUGGAGGAGGAGUCGUUUCUCUGGUACCAGAGAAUCCAGAGGACAUGUGGCACGCUUACAACUUAAUUGCUGAACAGGAUUGUGUCAGUGCCUCCACAAUAAGAAAAGUUCAGACUGAAAGUGCAACAGGCAGUACAAACAGCCAAAGGGUGCGAACGACCCUGACGAUAUCAGUAGAGACAAUUGACUUCGACACCCAGGCAUGUGUCCUGAGGCUGAAAGGAAGGAACAUCGUGGAGAAUCAGUACGUGAAGAUGGGUGCUUAUCACACUCUGGAUCUCGAGCUGAACCGCAAGUUUGUCCUGAAAAAGAUACGAUGGGAUUCAGUGGCCCUCGACAGGAUCGACAUGGCUUGUGAUCCGACCCAACACGCGGAUGUAGCUGCAGUGGUGAUGCAAGAGGGAAUAGCCCACAUCUGCCUGAUUACCUCCAACAUGACAAUUGUUCGAGCGAAAAUAGAUCAGGCCAUUCCCAGGAAACGAAAGGGUUUUAUUUCCCAACAUGAGAAGGGCUUAACUAAAUUCUACGAAAGUAUAGUUCAAGGAAUUCUUCGGCACGUAAACUUUGAAAUAGUUAAAUGCAUAAUAAUCGCAAGUCCUGGAUUCGUGAAGGAUCAGUUCUUCGAGUAUAUGAUAGAACAGGCGAGCAAAACCGAUAAUAAAAUUCUGAUUGAGAAUAAAAGCAAAUUUAUGCUCGUGCACGCUAGUUCUGGUUUCAAGCACUCUCUCACAGAAGUUCUGGCUGAUCCAACUGUUGUGGCCAGAAUAUCAGAUACAAAGGCCGCCGGAGAAGUGAAAAUCCUCGAACAAUUCUACACUAUACUUCAGACUGACCCUUCGAGGGCCUUUUACGGCAAAAAGCACGUGAAAAUGGCGACUGAGGCACAGGCUGUUGAAGUCCUUCUCAUUUCUGAUAAAUUAUUCAGGUGUCAAGACAUUCAAACGCGAAAAGAAUACGUGGAAAUAGUGGAAAGCGUCAAGGAUGCUGGGGGAGAUGUCAAGAUAUUCUCCAGUAUGCACGUGUCAGGAGAACAACUAGACCAAGUAACGGGCAUCGCUGCUAUUCUGCGUUUCCCCAUGCCCGAAUUAGAAGACGAGUCUGACGGCGAGAACGACGACUCCGAUGACGAUUGACAAUUGUUGAUAGAAUAAAUCCAAUUUCUUUACUAAGUUAUUAUUAAUAAUUAUCAGAAGUUUUGCAACUUUUUUAACGUGAAAUAAAUGUCCUGACGAUCACUGAA